UCUCAGAAACCACCGAGAAGAGCUGUCACUUACCUUCUGUUGAACUCAGUGUGGUUGUAGUAUAUCGAAAGAUGGGUAAAUUCUUGCUAAUUGUGUUAGCGGCGUUGGUGGCGCUGGCAGCGGCCAAGCAGUUCGAGAAGUGCGAGCUGGUACGAGAGCUGAGGAAGCAAGGUUUUCCCGAACCCCAGAUGAGAGACUGGGUGUGCCUGGUGGAGAAAGAGAGCGGCUUCCGCACUGACGCGAUCGGUAAACUGAACGGCGACAGCUCCUGGGACCACGGGCUGUUCCAGGUCAACGACCGCUACUGGUGCACGCGCGACGGCCCGGCCGGCCUCGAGUGCAACCUCUCCUGCGCAGCGCUGCGCACGGACGACAUCACGGCGGCGGCGACCUGCGUGAAGAAGAUCUUCGCGCGCCACGGCUUCGGCGGCUGGACCGCCUGGAAGGCGCACUGCCAGGGCGCCAAGCCCGACAUCUCCAAAUGCUAGAUGCCAUACCUACCUUAAAUAAGACUGCAUAAAAUAUUACGUGCGUUCUGUAUUGCACUUUUCAUUGCAUCAAAUUUUCAGUUUAUUUAUUUCCAUAAAUGUAUUAAAUUUUAUGUCUCAUUAAAUUACGUUUUAUU